AUGCAAAGACACAGUAAAAGACAACACAUACAUCAGGCUCUCAAGGUGAAUAAUACGGAAAUGUCCAAUUAUGGCACAAAAGUUGAAUUUGCAGCCAUUUGGGUAUGCUGAUUAAUAUGCAUGCAUCAGACUCUAGCUUAUUGUAUUUUCUUUCUCCAUUCAUUAACAAAUUCUAUUUUCUAUUCCAGAAGUCAUGGGUCAGGCAAUAUCUUCUUGUGUGAGGUUUCCACCCAGAACUUUAAUCAAAGAAGAUCUCAGUGAAGCUGAGGAACAACGCCUUUCACAUUUUGUAACAGAAAUAUACAAUGAGGCUAAAUUGAAACACAACCAAGCAGACCUCGCUCAACAUGAACAAUAUAUCAGGACACGUGUUGUACAACCAAUCAUUGAUAAGUUCAACAAAAUGCAUCCACUCCUUACUGUUACAGAUACUCUUCUAAAUGGAAGUAUGUCAAAUGGGACAAAAAUAGAAAUGCCAUGUGAAUAUGAUUAUAUGCUACCAAUAGCUCUCUCUGGUAACAAACAGCUUAAAAUCUCCAAAUAUGAUAAUGGCACAUUGUUUAUAAGCCUUAGCACUAAAUGUAACCAUGAAUUGCAGCAACUGAUAGAGGAAGAGAAAUACGAAUAUUUGAUGGUGAAGGUGGCAAACAAAAAAUAUUAUUUUAAUCCAGUUGCUUUAAAAAAUAUUGUUCACAUGGCAUUGAAUGGUUGUUUAUUGGAACUCCACAAAGAGAAAUUAUUGAUUUACAAAAGGAUGAAAUCAUUAAAAUAUGAAACUCCAAUAUCAACCCAGCUUGAUGAGAAGGAAGUCAUCUUGGAUGAUCGAACACAUGGACCCUGUAGCCGGCUCAGAGCGUGGGGACCAUUGUGUGUUACAGACAUUGACUUAGGAGUUUGUUUGAAGAUACCUGACCUGCCUCAGACAGAGGAUAGCUUCUACAUGGCAUUGCCCCCAUCAAGGGAAUUGUAUUGGAAGAAAUCAUUCUAUGAGAAACCACAUAUUCGCGCAACAAGGCUAAAUCAAUCUCAUGUAAAGAUAAUUAUGGCAAUUAAAUACAUCCUAUCACAGUUUUUAUUCCAUUCUAGUGUUCAUGUCAAUGGUGCAGAAAUAGACCUCCACUCCCAUGCCCUAUUCACCAUAGUAAGAUGUCACCAGGAGAAAUGCCAAGGAAAACUAUCACUGGGACAAUGUUUCUAUGAUACCAUCUACGAUGUAUGUAGGUUUCAUCUUAAAUCUAUAACAAAUCCAACAGCAAUUGAAGUACAUGAUAUGAAUCUGAGGAAUCUACAAGACAAAGACUGCUCAGAGAUUCACCUGUUAGAGAAAAACACUACAAGUCAUAGUUUUACUGGUGUUUAUGGAGUUGUAUUGUAUACUUUGAUGAGACUUAUAAAAUUUUCAGAAAAGUCACCAGCUGAAUACUACUGCAGGUAUCUGGAAAAUCUAACAAGGGAGACAGAGCUAGAAGUUCUCCAACAACAUUUACUUCAGGGUUCACGUAAAGAAUCCCUUACAAGAGAACAAAUCUUAGCAGAGCAGGAUAUAAAUACAUUAUUGUAUAAUGUUAUGAGCACAAAGCAUGGCAUAUAUUUGAAUGUAUUGGUUGAUACAGAGGUUAUCUUAUCACGGGUGAAAAUCAAAUAAAUUUAAGCUGUUGAGAAGCAGCCAUAGUGCCAGUUAUGCCAGGAAUAUAUAACUCUAUAAUCCCUUUCUCAUGCUGGUUGAGAUCCCAUAGCAUCCCAAUAAGUCAGUGAGAUGAGUCACAGGGAAAAUUGUAGGAUAUAAUGAUAUUUUUUAAUCUCUACAAUGUACUGUGUGUAUUCAAUUUACAUUUUAAUCUGCUACUGGCCCUAAUGUUUAUGAGGCAUCUACUUCCUCCCAAAAACCCCUCUUUCUAUCCCUGACAAGCAUCUUAAAAAUAUACUAAAACUUACGAGUCCAUGUAUUUCCUUGCCUCUACAUUAUCUAGUGCAUUCACACACAUAUCCUGACCAGUGAAGAAGGCAUCUGUAUACACUGUGCUCUCAGUCUGAGGCCCUACCCUAUGUUCAUGUGGGUCUAUAUGCAGCUCAGGGUUGAUAUCAAGGGCUGAUUUAGCCGCUGUUACACUUUUAGCUUUCUACAAUGCACAUUUCUUGUAUAGUUGUAAGAUUGUGA